AUGCAAACAGAAGAAAUAAUGCCGUCUAGUCCACCUUCACGAAUCGCUUUACUGCAUCAUACAUACGUACUUCUGUUUGUCAUAACAGCUUAUGCAGCUAAACUACAAAUUGAUAACAGUGUAACACCAAGAAGGUAUACAACUACCAGACUAGAGUGUUUGCGGUUAUACAGUGAAAGACGUCAACAAGGCUUCUGGUCUGAUUUAUGCAACAGCAAUGAGUUACUGUCGCCGUUCCAAAUAUGGACCACAAAGUCAAUUUGUGCACCUGGAUAUUUGUGGUAUAAAAGCCCACGAUAUUGGUUGAUAUAUGAGUAA